AUGUCGAAAGUUGAAGGAGUUAUGAGGAAGAUUGGAUUUCCCUCUUUCUACAUAGUGGAACCAAUAGAAUUAUCAGGUGGAUUAAUGGUGGCAUGGAAGGAAGAAGUGGAGGUGCAAAUCCUAAACUGGGACAACUUCUAUAUCCAUUUUAGGUGCAGAGGCCAGCAACAUGAAUCGAUAAGGGAGGUUUUUGGUGUGUAUUUGGACACUGAUGAAGCAAAAAGAAUAGAUCAGUUCAAUCAAAUAAAUCAAUUAAUUGGCAUAGGCAGCAACAAAAUGACAAUCAUGGGGGACUUCAAUGCAAUCACAACUCACCAUGAAAAGGAAGGCGGCAGAUCCAAAUCAAAUACAUCUAUCCAAGACUUUAAUGAUUUCAUUAAUUCUGGAAAUCUAAUGGAUUUGGGAUAUGAAGGAGAAAAAUUUACAUGGUGCAAUAGGCAGUUCGGAGGAAACCUAAUUAGGGAGAGGUUGGACCAGGUGUUGGUUAGUAGGAGCUGGAGAGAAGAAUUUUCAAAUGCAUAUGUUACCCAUUUGGAAGAUUUUGGUUCAGACCACAGGCCUUUAUUAUUGUGUGAGGAAUGA